CGCUGAUCUUGGGCGUGUGGUCACGUGAUUAGAAAAUCUAAGCCCGUGCCCCGCCUCGCUCGUCCUCUCCUAGCCCACGAAAUGUGGCACACAUCGAAAAUCUUCUUUUCUGUGCAUCCCCCCUCCCACCACACGUCACGUCGCUCCGGCCGCACUUGUCUCUGUUGGUUGUUUAUCAUCAAAGAGAUUGCCCAAGAUGCCGCCGCCUCCGCAUCAGAAGCCGGAGAACGUGCUGAAGCGUGCACAUGAGCUGAUCGGCGUCCACCAGGCUCCUGCCGCUCUCACGCUCCUCCACGAUCAUAUCACAUCCAAACGGUCGCGAAAUGUUCCCAUCGCCUCCCUGGAGCCCGUUAUGCUCCUUUUGGUCGAGCUGUCUGUUGAACAGAAAAAGGGAAAGCUCGCCAAGGAUGCCCUAUACUCUUACAAGAACAUUGCUCAAAAUACGAACAUUGCCACGAUUGAACUCGUCCUGAAAAAGUUCAUCGAAUUAGCCGCUGAGAGGGUCACUGCUGCGCAGAAGAAGGCCGACGAGGUUCAAGAGAGCCUCGAUGCCACUGCAACCACCAAUGUUGAAGAUCUAGAGGCAACCGAGACUCCCGAGUCCAUCCUACUAGCCACCGUAUCUGGCGAGCAGUCUAGAGACCGCACCGAACGCGCCGUUGUCACUCCCUGGCUCAAGUUUCUCUGGGAAGCCUACCGAACCGUACUUGAUAUCCUCCGCAACAAUGCACGCCUAGAACUACUCUACCAGAGCACUGCUCUACAGGCCUUCGAUUUCUGUCUCAAGUACCAGCGGAAAACCGAAUUCCGCCGUCUCUGCGAGCUGCUUCGCAACCAUGUCCAGACCGCCGCCAAGUAUUCCAGCCAAAUGCAUGCUAUCAACCUCAAUGAUCCAGAUACCCUGCAGCGACAUUUGGAGACACGUUUCCAGCAGCUAAAUGUUGCUGUGGAGCUUGAGUUGUGGCAGGAAGCUUUCCGAAGUGUUGAGGAUAUCCACACACUCCUAAACCUUAGCAAACGUCCACCCAAGAAUGUCAUGAUGGCCAACUACUAUGAGAAGCUUACUCGUAUCUUCCUUGUUGGUGAAAACUACCUUUUCCAUGCCGCUGCCUGGUCAAGGUAUUACAAUCUUCUCCGGCAGUCUGCUGCUUUGGUUGCCUCGGGCCAAGGCAAAAAAGCUGAUAAUCCGUCUGCUACUGAUGCUGAUUUGCAGAAGGCUGCUUCAUAUGUUCUGCUAUCUGCAUUAUCUAUCCCCGUCAUUAGCACCACAAGAUCGCGAGGCGCAAUGGUAGAUUUUGACGAGGCCCGUAAGAACAAGAACUCGCGUUUGACACAUCUCCUGGGCAUGUCUGUUGCCCCCACCCGGGCUGUUCUGUUUCGCGAUGCUCUGUCCAAGUCUCUCUUAAAGCGUGCCCGCCCUGAAAUUCGGGACCUGUACAAUAUCCUCGAAGUUGAUUUCCAUCCACUCUCCAUCUGCCAAAAGAUCUCACCUAUCCUGACCAAAAUCGGCACUGAUCCUGAAAUGGAGAAGUAUAUCCUUCCUCUGCAACAAGUUAUCCUCACUCGACUUUUCCAGCAGCUCUCUCAAGUUUACGAGAGUGUUGAUCUCGCCUUUGUCGAAAGCCUUGCCAACUUCCCUGACCCAUAUCAAAUAUCUCGUGGGACCAUCGAGAAAUUUAUCAUGAAUGGAAACAAGAAGGGCGAUCUCUCUAUCCGUAUGGAUCACGCGACAGGCGUACUCAAGUUUGACAAAGACGUCUUUGCAUCUUCUAAGCCCGUUCAUGCUGGGUCCGCUGCAGGUUCCGCGGAAAGCCAGACUGGCACCGUCCAAAGACUUCAAAGCACACCCUCUGAAAUUGUUCGCUCUCAACUGUCUCGUCUAGCCAAUACUCUCUACACUACUUGCUUCUACAUUGACCCUAGCUUCAGACAAGGCCAGGUAGAAGCCCGCGAUGCUGCUCUGGCACGUACCAAGGCUGGUGCCGAAAAAGAGCAUCGUGAUACGCUUUCUCGAAAGGAUAUCAUCCAAAAGCGAAAAGAGGAGGCUUCCGAAUUGCAAGCUAAGAGAGAAAAAGAGAAGGCUAGACAGAAGCGACUCCAGGAGCAGGCACUUGCCGAGGCUGAAGAGCGUCGUUUAGCCCAAGAGCAAAAAGAACGUGAAGAAAAGCGCCUUAAGGACGAACGGGAUCGUGUCCGCAAAGAGGAGCUCAAGAAGCAGAUUGCCGACCUGAAACUAGGUGCUAAUGCUGUUGAGAUUGAUGUCGAAAAUCUCAAUGACAUCGAUAUUCGGGCCAUGAAACUAGCUCAACUUGAGCGAGAGAAGAACGACAUCAAAGAGAGACUUCGUAUCACUGGCAAGCGCAUCGAUCAUUUGGAACGUGCCUUCAGGAAAGAGGAAGCUACAAAACUUUCCGAAGACUACGCUAAGCAAAGAGAGCGCGAUCUAGCUGCAUAUGAGCAAAUGCGGAAAGAGACCCUGCAAGAAGCUGAAGCGAAACAUAAGGAGAGUGUUGAGCUGAAGCACCGUCUUAGUCGUUUGAUGCCGUAUUAUGAACCUUUCAGGAAGUCCCUCCAUGAUCGUCGUCGUGACGAGUUUGAGAAACGCCAGCGCGAUGCUGAGCGUGAGUUAGAGAAGCAGAUCAACAUUAGGAAGAAGGAAUAUAGAGAGAGGAAGCUGAGGGAGAAGCGCGAAAGGGAAGAAAAGGAGAGGGCUCUCAGAGAAGCCGAAGAACGCGCUGCGAAAGAAAAGGAGGAACAGGAGAGGCGCCGGGAGCAACAGCGAGCAGAAAUGGCGAGGAACAAAGAGCAGCGAGACAGAGAGCGCCAGGAGGCUUUGGAAAUAGCUGCUCUGCAAGCCAGGAGAGAAGAGGAGGCGAUGGCCCGGAAGCAGGCCGAGAAGGAGGCCACUCGCCUUCCACCCCGUCGCGAGCCGCUACCUAUGGAUCGUACCGAUUCUCGGGAUCGUGCGUCUGGCCCGCCCCGCAUCCAGCUGGCGGGUGGAAAAUCAUCAUGGCGUGAUCGUGAAGCCUCACGUACUACUGCUACUCCACCAAGUGAAUCGAAUGGGCCAUCACGUGCUACACCUCCAUCGAUGGAGCGGGCAGAUUCCAACAGUCGUGCUGGAGGACCUCCACGUCUCAACCUGGCAGGCCAAAGUGGAAAGCCAUCGUGGCGCGAACGGGAGGCAGCAAGGGCCAGUGGUGGUGCUGCGCCUCCAGAACCUGCGGGCGGUGCGAAGAGCGACGCGAAGAGCGACGCGCCACCAGCCUCUGGAGAGUCUCUGAAGCCCUCUGGGGCUCCUGGGAAGUGGGUACCUCGGCAUUUGCGUGAAAAGUAGGGUUCUUAAGCAUUGAAGGACUGGCGUUUGGGGUUUGGGGUUACCAAAGUUUGUAAUUUAGGCUCAUGAAAAGAAGAAUCUUCUUUUGAAGUUAGCCGUCUUGGUGAGAACAUGAGAAGAUGAUUAUUAAUGUCGCGUCUUGAUCUCACAUUACGGUUAUUAUGAGGACACGCCUGAUGCAAUCCAUGUAGGGCUUGAUCACACUCACUCUCUGGCCCUUUCCCCUACCUGUUAAAGUCGAUACUGAGUAUGCAGUCAUGAAAUAGCUUUUGCAUACAUGCCGUACGCACGUACAUGUACCACAUCCCUAAUGCGGCUUGAGGUGAAUAGUUGAGUACUUCAGUCAUGAAACCACUUGAGUACACGACAAUCACAUUCUGUACUUGGUUCCAUCACAUGAAUACAUACACAUAUUUGCAUUCUUGAAA